CGUGUGUUGUUGAUGUCUGAAACGUUAGCUCGUGUUAGCCAAAUUUCAUCGUAUCAUGGUGAAGUGAGAGGGACAGCCUUCGUUUUCGGCGGAGACAUGAGGGCGAUAGCUCGGAGUGUUCCCUGAAUAAACGAUAUUUCAGCUUAAAUGGUCCUUUAAUCUUAAAAGGUUUAAUCGUUUCGGGCAAACGUGGACGUAGCUAGUGGCCGUUGCCAGCUGAGCUAACGUUAACUUUGUUCUAACUUAGCUAAGGUUAGCUGUUCGGCAGCCUGCUGGGUUGAACAAAUCUAACGCUUGUGAGUCAUUAAACGGUUAAUAUUUCGUUAAGACUUUGAUAAUAAAAUGUCAGCCUCUACUGAGAUGUCACUGCCACCUGACUGGGACGACGACGAGAGGAUGAAUUUCAUGUUUUCCGAUUUUAAGGAGAACCGGGAGGUUAACACGACGGACUGGGACAGUAAAAUGGAUUUCUGGACGGCUGUCAUUGUGAAAGCAUGCAGGGACCGAGGAACCGUGUGUGUCAGCUUGCAGGAGCUCAACAAGACCUUGAGGAGGAAAGAGAAAUCCCCGCUGGGUUUGGGGACUGUCCUCCAGUCUAUGGCAAGAUGUGGGAAGAUCCAGAGGGAGUCUGAGUUUGCUGCCAAUGUGGACUGUGGCUGGCUGUCCUGGGGUGUUGGCCUGCUCCUGGUCAAGCCUUUGAAAUGGACCUUCUCCACCUUUCUGGGAAGCAGCAGGGUGCCUUUGGAGGAGUCUUUUGUUAUCAUUGAACUAGUCAAGGAAAAAGCAGCAGAAUUACUCAGGGCAUACAGGAGCAGUGAAUUUGCAAGCAGCUCCAUUCUGUCUUUCCCAGAGCUUUGCACACUCUCCGCUGAUGUGUGUGCAGAUGAGAGCACCCUCUGCAUGGCUCUUCUGCAGCUACAGCGGGACAAACAGGUGACCGUUUCACUGCACGAAGGAGAGAAGAUUGUUAAGUUCUGCCUGCCUGGCCAGGAUCGUGUCUCCCCGGUCAGUGAAGUGGAUAUCGGCAUCUACCAACUGCAACGCAGUGAGAAGCUGCUGGGAGAGCGUGUGGAAAAACUGGGCUUUGAGGCAGACAAGUGUAAGGAGGAAGCGAGGAUGCUGCUCCGGGAAGGAAAGAAAUCACAGGCUCUGAGGUGUUUGAGAGGACGCAAACGGGUAGAGAAGAGAGCAGACAACUUGUUUGCUCAGCUGGAGUCUAUCAGAGGAAUCCUGGACAGAAUAGCACAGUCACAAACCGAUAAGAUGGUUAUGCAGGCAUAUCAGGCUGGAGUGUCUGCUCUGAGACUUUCUCUUAAGGAUGUGACUGUGGAACGUGCUGAGAACCUUGUAGAUCAAAUACAAGAGUUAUGUGACGCUCAGGAUGAGGUGAACCAGACGAUAUCCAGUGUGUCCAGUGCGGAUGAAGAUGUGGAUGAGUUGGAGCAGGAGCUGAAGUCUUUGUUGGAUGAGUCCAAACCUGAUUCAGUCUCAGAUUUCCCUGAUGUUCCAACAAACAAGCUGCGGCCCUCUGGGGAGGCAGGACUCUCUGGUACAGACCUGCUGAGCUCUCUGCCUGCUGUACCGUACAGCACCAUGAAUAUAACCGAUGAGCAGCUGGAGGAAGAGUUAAACCGGUUAACACUUACUGAUUCAGGCUUUGAUCAGAAGAAAACAACAUCACCAACCAGGAGACUCGAGCCUGCACAGUGAGAGCAGAAGCAAAGCAUGGAUGAAAAAAGGCACUUUCCUGCAAUUAAUGACAACAAAACUAUCUUUCCUGUGGAGGCCUGCCAGAUAAGUUUUUAUAUAGACAUAUAUUUUCUUUGUUUACUUUGAAAGCCUUUAGCCCAACUCCGCCAUCAAGAUCUUAAGGAUCUCAAGUAAAAUAAAACAUUUUAAUGGUUGAAAAUAUACUCUUUUGAGUGCCACCAUUAGUAUUUCUUUUAUGUGGUGGUAUUAUUGACAGUGCAAGAAGAAUAGUGUUUGUGGUGUGUGUUCAUGUUUUUAACGUCCUGUAAAGUGUAUCAAGUGGCCUUUUGAACUGUAAAUAUGAAAGUUAAAGUAAAGAGAGUAUAAUGCCAAAAGAAUGACUGAUUUUAUCAAAUGAAUCAUCUCAACCAUAUAUUUAGCCUCACUUCAACAUUCAGUAUGUAUGAGGACAGAGAAAGCCUUCUUUAAGUGAGUUUAACCAAAUAUGUUUCUCGAAUUAAAAUUUAUUUUA